AUGCUGCUGUCAGCCUGCAGCAGGGGCUGUUCCUUCCCGGCUCUGCGGGCUUCCCUGUCGAGCUGGGGCCUUCUGCCCCGUCAGUUCUUUCCCGCAGCAACAGCAGCAGCAGCACCAGCAGCAGCAGCAGCAGCAGCAGCAGCAGCAGCAGCAGCAAGGUGGACACGAGGCUUCGCCAGCAUAACGGCCAGUGAGGCGCGCCAGGGGAACAUGCUCAUUGUGGACGGACGGCGGGUGGAGGUCACAGAAUUCCGUUUGAUAAAAUCUGGCCGCGGGGCGGCUUCAGUCUCCCUCAGCUAUGUGGACUUGGAGACCCUCAAGAGCGGCGCCCAGACUUUCUCAGUACAGAAGAGGCUUGAGAAAAUAGAGCCAGAGAAGACGCUGCUGCAGGUGAUGUACGUAGACGCUCCAAAUGGGGCUGUGGUUUUGUCUGACCCCAACUACGACGAGGUUAUUAUCCCUCUCCGCCUUUUCGGGGGCCCCUCUGUCGCCGAGCACCUUACCCCGGAGCUGCAGGUGCCCGUGUGGAUGCACGAGGGGGUGCCGGUGAAGGUGCAGCUUCCGUCUUCAAUUUUAACAGUUUUGAGGUAA